AGUUGGGAAACGUUCACAGGCAUUCCGUUGAAUCCAGAGGAACAUUGUGAAAUUCGUGCAAAGUGAUCAGAAACAUCGUGAAUCCAAAGUUCGGUUAGUGAGUUGAUCGAUCUAGUCGCCGUUUGCUUGGAACGAUGAAGCUGGCGUACAGUAGCAGCAGCAACGGUAUGCGAAUGGCGGCCAAGCGGAGUACCAUGUUCAUGGUCGUGUGCAUUGGCCUCGUGGCCACCGUUCGCAGUGUGGUGAUGGCGGACGAUGCGUUUGCUCCGGCCGAUGAUGCGUGUGUCGGUGAUGCUGUGUCCGCGCGUUGUCACUAUUCCGACCAUCGCAUCGAUCGCUUGGAUCAGGAUCAGGAGCAACGGUUGUUGCUGUUCAAUCGGGAAGCCCGGACUGGUUCCAGCUUGAGCCGCCAGGCCGAGCGGAACCAACGCCGGGAGGAGGAAGCUCGAUCGGCAGUAGAUCGUCGUGAUGAGCGUCGUAUGGAGGCAUUCCGUAAUCGUCAGGAUGAUCGCCAGGAAGAGCGCCAACGACUGGUUCGUGCGGAUCGUGAGGCCAACCGGCUCGAUGAGCGAAGAGAGCGUGAUCUAUACGAACGCCGUGAAGAGGAACGUUUCGAUGGGGAGCGGCGUGAUCAGGAGCGUCGAUCUAGUAGAAAUGAUCGGGCUGUGGAGCGCCGAGAGGAGGAACGAAAAAGUGACGAGCGUCGAUUCGAUAGCAGUUUUCGACAGGAUCAAGAGCGACGUGCACAACGCGAGGUAGAACGGCGUGAGGAUCGCCGUGAACAACGUGGAGAGGAUCGCCGUGAUGACCGUAUGGAAGAUCGCCGUGAAGAACGCCGAGAGGAUCGCCGUGAUGACCGUGUGGAAGAUCGACGCGAAGAACGUGGAGAGGAUCGCCGUGAAGAACGCCGAGAGGAUCGCCGUGAUGACCGUGUGGAAGAUCGACGCGAAGAACGUGGAGAGGAUCGCCGUGAUGAACGCCGAGAGUAUCAAGUUGAGGAUCGCCGUGAGGAACGCCGAGAGGAUCGCCGUGAUGACCGUGUGGAAGAUCGACGCGAAGAACGUCGACAAGAUCGAGUUGAGGAUCGCCGUGAGGAACGCAGAGAGGAUCGAGUUGAGGAACGACGUGAGAGAUCGCCAUUGGGACGACGAGAGGACCGCACAGCAGAGAGGACCACCGAACGUCGCCAUCGGGAUGAGUCGGUACGUGGACGAGGGGACGAAAGACGUGAACGAAGCGAUCGUCAGCGUGCGGUGGGUGCUCGCCAACGCACCGAACGCAUCUACACCUGGAAGGCAGAGCAGGAUGAACUGUCCAUCGAUGUCCAGCAGCAGGACAAUGCGCUCUUCUAUCAGCUGCUCCAAAGUGCAGCCUUCGUUGGCAUUUUGGGCUACUGGCUGCUCAAGGGAGAAACCAAGGACGAAGAGCUAGAACUCAAGAAGCCAUCGCAGCCAUUGAUGCAGACCUUCAACGAUCUGCUGGCUCGUGUCAACCAGUAAACGUGCUAUUCCAGGAACGAGUGAUGGACGCCUAGUCCGUGACAGGCGUAUGAGCAUCCUAAUCGCAUUAACGUUUAUCCACUCUCUAUGUAUCUCUAGCCAGUCCCGUAUGGAGCCAGUGCUUAGCGCGUAGAACUAUGUAGUGCAGAUGAUGACCAGCUGAUCCCCGAGGGCAGGGUGUAGCAGCUUAACGACAGUACAAACCAGUAUCAAGGCCAGAGUAGUAGCCACCGUUUCCUCAAAAUAAUCUCUUAGAAGAUGCUUAACUAUACAUUCACCAAUGGAGCAACAGCAACAGCAGCAACUACCAAUUCAAGUUACUAUUCCUAUUUCAUGCAAACCGUUCUCUAAUUCUGCAUCGAGUCCUGGCGAGCAUCCUUUGCUCUGGACAGUCAGUUACAAGUGCAAACACAUGUAAUCAUAAUGUUCCAAAAUAGAAAGGCAUGAUUUUCAAAUAACGAUCCAAUAACACUACUCCAAGAGAGAUUGCCGGCUUGCUUUGCUGUUGCUUCCGAUUGGAAAAAUACUUGCUGAUGACUAAUAAUAGUAGUAGUAACAACGCUGACAGUAACAACAACGCGUUCCAUAUUUAACAUCAAUUUCCGGCGGUAAGCUGUAGGGAGGAAUGGUGUGUGGUGGAUAAAAUGCUUUACCCUAUGCACUAUAGAAAACGCAGCAACGAAGUCAGUGAUGCAACGAUGGUACCGCGAGGAAGAGUAGAGGACGACGAUCACAAAUCCGUUUAACAUCCAAUCGAACAGAACUUGCAAUAUCUUAUAACUAUGUAUGUUUGACUAUCUGUCUGUCUAUCUGUUUAGCAACGACAGUGGCGAGGACAGCCCGAAAAGGUUACAGAGUUUCUCCGUUUAUCCUUUCAGGAUUGCGGCGGUUGCAUCUGCAGACCCAAUACCCGUAGCCGGUAAUAAAAACAAAACAAUAUUAUUG